AUGAUGUUACUUGAGUCGCAAGGCAACCUUGCUAUCUCGACCGAGAGGAGAGGUAGUGAGUACGGGGUGCGGGAAGGUGAGGCUCCGGCCGAUCCCAACGCCCCCGGUGUCUCUGGCAUACCGAGUGAGAGUCCCGAGAGGAACAAUGGUAAUGCUGAGGCUAACGAGCCGAUGACGGUGGAAACACGGUCGGAAGCACAAUCUGCCAGGAAUACUGGUAAACGGGCUUUCUGGUCUCAAGACGAGACAAUCAGAUUGAUCCAGGAGGACAAAGCGCUAAGAGCUGUGGUUGAUCCCACCCGUCUACGGAGGCUCGGCGGAGACCAAUAUUGGAUCCGCCUCGCAGAGCAGUACGAGAGGGUGAGGCUCUUAGUAAACCGAAUAUAUCAGUUAGAUCUACCCCAACGGGAAGCGGGUGCUGUAAAAAGCAAACUAGUCAACCGACUCCCCGUUGAGCUGAAGAAUUCAGAUAGGCGUGUAUGGCCUAGGGUGGGUUUAGCUGGAGUAGGUAGCGAUGUCCACGAAAGCGAAAUGCCUGAAACCAACGAGAGAUCGGAGGAAUUAGGGCAAAGUAGCGGCACACCUGCUGACGCUCCGGCGGAAGCAGAGAGAGUCCACGUAGUGGACGACACGGAAGCUAGCAGCCCGGAAGACGGUAGUGUUGUUGUCGAGGAGAGAUUCCGUCAACAGUUCAACCACUAUCGUAAAGUCUUUAUGGAAAGGAACUCCACGUGGCGAAAGCCCCUGAAGUUCCCCAGAAAAGUGCCGGGAACACUCUGGACACAAGCCAACUCCUUAAUUGGAGAUGUGCUUAGAUCGGGUGUUGCGAUUUCGCUCCAUGACCUUAACAAGCUUGCUUAUGCCGCCGCAUGUACUGUUCAGCAUUUCUUGAAAGAGAAAGACAGGCUAUGCCUGGAACGAGAGCGGAAUUGGUUCGCAGCUAGAGAGGUGGAGACGAAUAGCCUGUUGCGCUACCUCAACUGGAUAGAUGUGGAGCUGGCCCGUAGACGAGUCUCGGCCCGCCAGACUACCCAUCAGCGUUGGUGUUCUCGUCAGCUUAAGACUAGAUAUGGCCGAGAGAGAAUUGCCGACACUGGCAGACUGAAAGAGCUGCGAUCCAUGUUGAGGGAUGCCCUAGCGGGGGUCAGGAAGAGCGUGGCUAAGCGGAAGGCUGAUCGAGAGCGCAAGAGGGCAAAGUUUGUACCUCUAAGGCGAUAUCUUGAGAAGGGUCCGGAAGUGGAACCACAGCUGGAUGCAAACCGAGUGAAAGAGUAUUGGGCUGAAUUGGUGGGGGCCGACGACCGUUCCGACAGUCGUUCGAUCACUGCUGAUUGGGCUCAUGACCUCGAAGUGCCGGUGCAAACUGCCACGCCUUCCAAGAUCCAAGUAUGGUGGAAGAUGGCACUGUCUAAGUGCAAACCAAACAAAGCUGCAGGCCCAGACGGCCUACCGGGGUGUGUAUGGAAAUGCCUCCCCAAUGCGAGCAAUUGGUUGUGCACCUGGCUGAUUAAGAAGUUAGCGUGUAGUCGAAUAGAUACGCCGAGAUGGUUAAGUGAGGGUCGUGUCGUCCUUUUGAUGAAGAAGGGUGACCCAAACGACCCCGCUAAUUAUAGACCCAUCGCGUGUUUAAACACAUGCUAUAAACUUAUGACGUCGGUAAUAGAACGUGCCAUCAGAGAGCAAGUAACUGCUUGCCCUACGUUAAUCCCUAGCGAGCAAGUCGCAAACCGUAAAGGUGUAUGGGGAUGUACGCAUGCAAGUAUCGUUGACAGGCUGGUAACGGGAACGGCAGCGAUGUCGAAAGGCCAGAACGCGGAUCUAAGGGUCCUGUUCUACGACUGUAAGAAGGCCUUCGACUCGGUUAGUCGUGACCAUAUGUUCAGAGUAUUAGAUGUCGCGGGUGUAGACCGAAAGAUCUACUACCUGUUGAAGUCUUUUACGAUGAAUUGGACUGUCCGAUAUGAGCUUAGACGAUCCGGCCGUGUAGAAAGAAGCGCCCCGCUCCGAGUGAAGAGGGGAUUGCUUCAGGGUGACUCCUUGUCCCCUACAUGGUUCUGUUUAUGCAUAGCUCCCAUAUCCCACGCUCUGAGGUUGAGAAACCCCGGACCUUGUAUACGUCAAGUAGCAGGGCAUAGCGAUGGUGGGCAAGUACACGUCAGCCAUUUGUUUUAUAUGGAUGAUUUAAAAGUGUAUUGCACAGGUGAGGCAGCUCAGGUAAGAGCCGAAAGGUUAGUGCCUGAACUGUUCUCGCAGAUAGGACUAUGUGUAAACGAAAGCAAGAGUGCUGCAGCCGCCGGCCCAUCAAGAACAUUGAGGUCCUCGCUUCCUUUAUUGGGAGUGAAAGAUCAGUAUAAGUACUUGGGUAUCGAGAGCGGGUUUGUGGCAAAUGAGGCUUCUGCCUAUAGUCGAAUGCAGACCACUAUAUUAGCAAAAGUACAGAGUAUACUUGAUGUAGAAGGUCAUACAGUCGGCCAACGGCGGAUAGCGAUUCGUACAGUGGCGUUCCCGGGCGCGGCAUUUAUCCUCGGUAAUAUAAUACUGGGUGAUAAGCAGCCAAACUCGGCCAAAGCCGACAUGUUGAAGCUAGACAUGGUGAUUCGAGAGAAGAUCCGGAGAAAAGGUCUGCUUCAUCAUAGUUGUGCGAAUCCGCGAAUAUACCUCAGCUGUAAACGAGGGGGUUUGGAGUGGCCUUCGAUGUUUAGAACCUACUGUGCAGCAGUAGCGUACUCGUCGGCAUAUCUCCUUACCAGCGGAGACCCAUGGGUCAAGAGGGCGCAAGAGCACUUUGUGUACGGCACCCUAGCCGCUAAAAACCAAGUUUACAAGCACUUGCUGUACGUUCUGGGUGAACUGGAGAUUGGACGGCAGGUCAUAGAACCGCCGUGGGGUAAUGAUCCUAAGGCUUUAGCGCGAAAGCUCGUACUAGCCAUCGAUACGAAAAUCGAGGAAAAUUACCUCCGUGACCUUCGGGCCAUGCCAAGAGCCGGUCGCUUUGUGAACGCGGAAUCGUCUGCCAUUGACCAGGAAAACUCCCAUCUCUGGUUAGAGAAAGGCUGGAUCAAUGGUAAAGCGUACCAGCAUAUUAAUAGUGUGAUAGAGGGCACUCUCCUAGAGGGAGUAAACCCACAUAAUGUGCUGGAAAAGUGUAGGGCAUGUGGUAAUCGUAAUGCCGACAUUAUCCAUAUCACGAGUGGCUGUGAAAGGCUCCGUGAGACAAUAAUGAAAACGAGGCAUGACGGUGCAACUAGAUGGUUGUACUCUGCUCUUACCGAGGUAGACGAAAGCCUACCAAGGUUCCACUAUACGCAACAGAUCGAUGGGUUGGCAAUUGGAAACAGAUUGGAGAUAAGGUAUGACAUAGAUGUCGUAACGCCGAAUCGUCCAAAGCAUUGCCGCCCCGAUCUGGUCGUGUUUGACAAACAACGAAAGGAAAUAUUCAUCGUUGAGGUCAGUGUGUCCUGGUUCACAAUAGUGCAGAAAAUGUACGAGAAUAAGUACUGUCGAUAUGCUGUAAACUCGAAUCACGAGUACAGCGAGCACUGCCCGUAUCCACCAGGGGUGAAUUUGGCGAAUGAACUGCGAGUGAUGUACCCGCAGUACGUAAAUGGUGUAAAAGUCUUACCUUUGGUCAUUACACCAACAGGCCAUAUUCACAAUGAGUUUGUUCCCCACCUGCGUAUGCUGCUCCAACAGUCUAAUGUGUCAAAGAUUGUUGAGAGGAUACAGCGGUCAGUCGUGCUGGGAACAGACUACAUUAUUCGUACCUACUUUGCAAUGCUGAGAAAACACUAG